AUGUCAAAAAUCACCCAUCCCAAGUUCAGCCAGUUCACAGCCAUAAUCUCAAGAAGGAAGGUUGUGGACAAAAAACAGGCCGAGCUCAAAAAGGUCAAGGCUAAGAUACAGGAUCUGGAAAGACAGCGUGACGAAAUGAUUGAGAAGGAGAAAACACUUGAGGCCGAGGUGGAAAAGGCGAAAGAGUCGUUGGACGAGGCUAUAGAAUCAUUAAUGCAUUGA